AUGUCUCUGUCUGAACUUGAAACCAUCGUGGCCAAGGCUAACGAAGCGUUGAGGACCGGUCACUACGAGGCUGUCUGCGACCUCUGCACAUUUGCAAUCGCGCUCAAUACAAAAAGGUUGCCCAAUGCCACGAUUCAGAAUGGGAGUACGAGCAAAAAACCCCAAUCGCCACUUGAGAUAACAAGGACCCAAAAACUCCAGCAAAAGUUGUAUCUCACCCGUGCGAGAGCGCGUAAUUCGCUCGGGGAUGGGGUUGGAACCCGCCACGAUUUGGAUGCCUUUGUAGCAUGUGGAGGACAGGAGAGCCUCGUCAAGCUCGUCGAGACGGAGUCUCUCCCGGUCAAAAUUUCGAAUGCUGACGAGGUCGACUCCAAACUUCCAUCCCAAUCGGUGGCAUUUGAAGUCAAGCCAACAACUGCAACGGGCAAGGGCGUUUUCGCCACUCCUCGAUCCACGCUUCAAGCCACGUAUGAGGCGAGAGAGAACGCAGUCAAGGCGUUGGCUCCUCGGGACCUAGUCAAAUUUCUUGAGCUGACCAAUGCUUUUGACGACGUCCCACUCUUUACUGGAAUCUAUCGAACAAACACCCUUCCAGACGGCCUCGGUUUCCAUGCAUCCCACUUCAACCACUGCUGCAACCCCAACGCGCGGUAUUCGUACCACCCUGACACAGGCCGCCUCCGCGUUUUCGCGUUGACGCACAUUCCCGUUGGUGCUGAAAUAUUUGUCAUGUAUAUUCAGGGUCGGAACAUCUACGGCAGCACACGUGCUGUUCGGCAGGAGCGUUUCCGCACCAACUUCAACUUCACUUGUGUUUGUUCCGUCUGCAAGCUGGAAGGAGAUGCGUUGAUGGCGAGCGACAAGCGAAGAACCGAGGCUGGCUUGUUGUACGACGGUAUGAUGCGCCAUGACCCAUGGAGAAGUGGUGGUCUAGUUAUUCGCGACGCCAUCCGUGCAAUUACUUUGCUUAGAGAGGAAGGGUACCAUGCUGACGUGGAUGACUUUGCAACAGAUGCUGGUGGGUUGUGUGCUAUGCAUUCGGACUGGGAGAGUGCAUUGUGGUGGGCUCGUUUGGGCUACGAAACACGCCAAGCCGAAUUCGGAACAGAUCAUCCGCACGCCAAAAAAGUGAAGAUAUAUGUGGACGAUCCGAGAUCGUACCCCCAGGCCGGGGUAUUUAGCUCAGGAAAGAGGUUUAUGCAGCGCGUCUGA